CAGGGUAGGGUUUGCCAAAUCUCAGUCACGGUCUGCGUCUGAGUGGUAUAGGACCAGAGUGGAGCCAGGAGCAGCCCUUGCCUGUGGUGGACCUGCUGUGCUCAUACCAUCUUAUGGUGGUACCAGUGGCUUGGUCUGUGCCCACACAAGGUGAUGGACAGCAGAGCAGAGAUGGAGGUUGUGAGAAGCACAAAAGGGAAUGCUGCUGGGGAGGUCAGUGUCCAUGUGGUCACCACUGAGAGCACUGUGCAGAGCACUCACCUGCCAACGACUGCCUUCAUCAUACCAGCAAACGCCACUACCAUCAACCUUCCUGCAAGCACCUUAGAAAUCCAGCGAUUCCCGAGGGAGCCACAGAGAAGCACAGGGGCUGAGAGGCCAGAGAGGGGAGCAGGGAGUGAACCUGUCACAGCUACUGUCAUCCCUCAGAUCAGCGGGGUGCAGACCUGCAACACAGUCCGUGUGCUGGAGUGGAAGGAUGGGGUGGCUACUUUGCCUGGAAGUAACCUGCGGUUUCGAAUAAAUGAGUAUGGGACACUGAAGGUGGUGAGUGCUGAUAAGAUGCCUCCAUCGGAAGCUAUAAAGGAGGGCCACGCAGAGAAAGAUGGGGACUCAGAGGUGGCACCAACUAGCAGGGACAAUCCUACUCCUGCUCAGGAUGUGUCAGAACAGCCCAAGCUGCCAACACCAGAAAGCAUGUGCCACUGUGACACAUGUGGCCGGAGACAUGUGUCAGAUGGAGCCCGGGAAGGCAGGGGCUUCUGCAGCGAGCACUGUCACCAGCAGUUCAAAGAAAGGUCUGUCAUCGUGGAAAACUCUGCCAGCAGCACCAACACCACUGAAAUCCUCAAGCCUGUUAAGAAAAGAAAGAGGAAGGACUACCAGAGCCCUUCAGAGGAAGAAUAUGAAUCUGAGCAAAUGGAGGAAAAGCAGGAAGAGAGGAAGAACUCUGUGGGAGACUCUGCCAUCAGCAAUCUGGAGGCUGACACGUGGAAUGGGAGCCAGCACGGUACGGAGGGGCCAGGUGCCAGCGAGGAGAAGAAAGAAGGCUGGUCUUGGGCGUCGUACCUGGAGGAGCAGAAAGCUGUCGCUGCCCCUUUAGAUCUCUUCCAGGAUUACCAAGUAGCUUCCCAGCACAAGAAUGGCUUUAAAGUGGGGAUGAAGCUGGAGGGAAUCGACCCACAACACCCAUCCAUGUACUUUGUCCUGACAGUGGCUGAGGUGUGUGGUUACCGGAUGCGUCUCCACUUUGAUGGCUACUCUGAGUGUCAUGAUUUCUGGCUGAAUGCUGACUCCCCUGACAUCCACCCUGCGGGCUGGUUUGAGGAGACAGGACAUAAACUCCAGCCUCCAAAAGGGGUUUUAGGUUAUAAGGAGGAAGAAUUCAGCUGGACAAACUACCUGAAGAUAACAAAGGCUCAAGCAGCUCCUAAGCAACUCUUCGUGAUCCGAAAUACUCACGAGGCUCCUCCAGGCUUUGAGGUGGGCAUGAAGCUUGAGGCUGUGGACCGCAUGAACCCUUCCCUGAUCUGUGUUGCCACAGUGACUGACGUGGUGGACAAUCGCUUUUUGGUGCACUUUGACAACUGGGAUGAUACUUACGACUACUGGUGUGACCCCAGCAGUCCAUACAUCCACCCAGUCGGAUGGUGUCAGGAGCAUGGCAAACCCCUCACACCUCCUCAAGAUUAUCCUGACCCUGACAACUUCAUCUGGGAAAAGUACUUAAAAGAAACUGGAGCAUCUGCUGUUCCAGCUUGGGCCUUUAAAGUCCGCCCACCCCAUGGCUUCCUGGUCAACAUGAAGCUGGAGGCAGUGGACAGAAGAACUCCUUCCUUUAUCCGAGUGGCUAGUGUGGAGGAUGUGGAAGAUCAUAGGAUAAAGAUCCAUUUUGACGGCUGGAGCCAUGUGUAUGAUUUCUGGAUUGAUGCAGAUCAUCCGGACAUCCACCCCAUAGGCUGGUGCUCAAAAACUGGGCACCCACUGCAGCCUCCUCUUAGGCCAAAGGAACCAGCCUCCUCUUCCCAUGGGGGCUGCCCAACCCUGGGCUGCAAGAACAUGCCUCACACCAAGAGCUCCAAAUACAGCUUUCACCACAGGAAGUGCCCCACACCAGGCUGUGAUGGGUCAGGACAUGUGACUGGGAGAUUCACAGCCCACUACUGCCUCUCAGGGUGCCCACUGGCAGAGAAGAACCAGGGCAGACUCAAGGCAGACUUGUCCGACACUGAGGCCUCAGCUCGCAAGAGGAACCUGAUGGGCUUCCCUCAGCGGAAGAAAUCCCGGCACCACGGGAGAGGGCGACCUCCAAAGUACCGGAAGAUCCAGCAGGAAGACUUCCAAACUAUUUCUUCAGACAAUAUGCACCAGUCGCUCUUCAUGUCUGCCCUGUCUGCCCAUCCUGACCGCUCUCUGUCACUCUGCUGGGAACAGCAUUGCAAACUCCUGCCAGGGGUGGCUGGCAUCACAGCAACCACAGUGGCCAAGUGGACCAUCGAUGAGGUUUUUAGCUUUGUUCAGACUCUGACGGGUUGCGAGGACCAAGCCAAACUCUUCAAGGAUGAGAUGAUUGAUGGUGAAGCAUUCCUCUUGCUGACUCAGGCUGACAUCGUCAAGAUUAUGAGUGUUAAGCUGGGCCCAGCACUCAAGAUCUACAAUGCCAUCCUCAUGUUCAAGAACGCUGAUGACACCUUAAAGUGACUUUUCUUGGCCCCGUUGGGACCGUCCUUCAGCACUGGUGCUGCCAAACUGUCUGGCCAGGACAGAGAUUCCCCCGACCGCCCGCAGCUUGUCGUGUCCUGCAGCAUCUCUGCUCUCCCACCAGUCCAUCUCCUGUCCUCUCCCUCACUCUCUCUCCAUGCUGCCUCUCUGCUCCAGCGCUGGGUACAGGCUGACCACGAGCCUUGGGGGUGGCUACACAGGCAGCAGGUGGAUGUGGGACUAGCCUGCCUCAGUGCGAAAGCUGCCCCGAUGUCCUGCUAUGACUGCACCUAUUCGGGUGUGUUCAGGGAUGGCGGAGCAGUGCAGAGGUUGUAGCAGCUGGGCACUGGCACCACAGCUUAAGCCACCAAGAUAAGGCUACAUACUCACAGGCUGGUCUUGCCUUUGCUCAGCAGCUGAGAGAGAUUUUUUUUUUUUCUCAGUGUGUUCCUCUCAGAGGGCUUGGAUGCUCCCAAGGAGCUUUUGCUCACUUUGCCUUUUCCUAUCUGAAAUCUUGUGACUCGAGACUAGAUGAUAACUUUGCUUUGCCCCUUCACCGCACUGGGAACCAGUGGCCCAUCUUUCCCCCACUGGGAGCAGUGUUUCCUGGCUGCAGCUCUGCCCAUGACCAGCAUCUCUGUUUUAUUCCUCUUUACUGUAAUGCAGCAAAUCCAUGGGGUCAGAGCUGGGUGGAUGCAGAACAAGCUGCAUUUCCACUUGCACUUCAGGCUGUCUUCGACAACAUGUCUCUGGGAGAAACAAUGCUUGGUUAGUUUGUUCCCUCCUGCAGCAAUUAAAAAAUCUUCUGUGAAGGAGAGUCAGGUCUGCUUUGGCCCACUUGGGGCCUUGGCGAACCUGAUCUCGUGGGUGGCAGCCCUGCCUAUGGCAGGGAGUAUGGAGUUAGAUGAUCUUUAAAAGUCCCUUCCAACCCGAGCCAUUCUGUGAUUCUGUGAUUAGGAGCAAGGCCCUUUCUAGAGUUGAGACCGCUGCCAAGGGCAAAAAUUAUCUGUAGGCAGAAUCAGGGCUUGGUUCCUAAAGCAUUCCUGACUUGACUGACUUGAUCCUGUCAAGCUGCCUUCUACCCCUUUUUUGCCCUUGAGAGGCCCCCAGACUUUCCUGUGUGAAGAGCAGGAUCCUCUGCUGUCUUCUAGAUUCCUUCCCUUCAAACCAAAAGAAAGCCAGCAGCUAACUGUUUUUCCUUCCUUCCUUCCUUCCUUCCUUCCUUCCUUCCUUCCUUCCUUCCGUCCUUUUAGUAACAUGCCACCUUUCCAACAAGGGUGCAAGCACUUUGGAAAUGCCCACGUAACUCUCCCUUGCAAUGGGGGAGGUUCCUGGCGCAGUCAGAUAUUCCGUGUGUUCCCAGGUACCAGGGAUGAGCCCUGUAGCACCCACACUGCACUUGCUGUACUUUGUCAUCCUGCGGGUGCUGCUGGAGCAGUGGUAUGGCAGUGCAGUGCUGGAGGGCAGCCACCCAACCCAAGGGCUCUCCAUAGCGUGCCGUGAUGUUAUCCAAGUCCCACAUCCACUUUCUUUCUCGUUCCCAAGAAUGACAUGCCAGAGCAAAACAUUUUUUUCCCCUUUUCCAGUGUCCAAAGACAGAGAUUAAGGGUCUUGGUAAGUGCCCUAGCAAUGUCUUUUGGAGCAGAACUGCCUUGGAAGCCACUGUUACACUUGGGUCAAUCUGUUCUAGGAUUCCCAUGGAAAUGUAGCAUUUUGACUCUUUGUUACUGAAUAUUUGGGGUCACAUUUGACCUGCUCUUGAAAUGUCUGCUGCUUGCUCUUUAUGCAGGACUUGAAACUAGUCCGUGUAUUUAUUUUGUCAAUGCUUGGGUUUGAGUGAGCUCUCCCUCUCCUUUCCCUAUUCACUUUCUUUCACCUUUUCAAGCACUGUGGUGUGGCCAGCUGUGGCGAGAGGGUGAGUAGGAAAGAAAAACUGGGUCCCACAGUUACUCCUAGUCACCUUUGAUUCAUGGUAAAUGGUCCUGAAGGUGGUCUCUUCAGCUAAUGGGGAGUGUCUUCCUGGGCCACUGCGUGCUAGGGGAGAGGAGGAGCAGGCCUAGGACCUUCAGCUGUGGGACUCUUCAUGCAAGCCCUGCUGAGACAUCUUCAGGUGUGAUCUGGAAUGGUUCCUGCUUGGCUCUUGUUACCCUUGCAUAGGGUGUGGUUAUUGGGCUCGUAAGGAAACAACUUAUGAACGUCCUGUUCUCGUCUACUCCCUUCCCUUAUGCAAAGCCAUUCCUCCUGCUGGAGAAGGGACUAAGCAGUGUCACUGGGUGCUAGGAGAGGAGUGUCAGAUUAGGAACCCGUGUGAGUGAUGGAGUGCCUUGUUUCUCACAGGGCUGCCCUGGGAAGCAGAGGUAGUGGUGAGUUCAGAAGAUCCCUGCUGAAGGGGAAGAGGAGCCAUAAAGCUUUCAAGACCAGGCACAUCCAAUGCCAUCAGCUCUUGCUCUGUUGCAUGUAGUUGAGCCAUGCUCUGCCUAGGCAGCAGGCAAACAGGCAGAGGUGUGUGCUCUGUACUGUGCCAGCCUUCAGCAUCAGCAGGAAGCUAUGCCAAUGGCAUAAUGCCACACCUGGGCUCUUCUGACCUCCCUUUAAGCAAGCAGCCCCAAACCGGACAGGACUGCAGAGGUGCUUUCCCUUGGCUGUGAGGUCUGGCUGCAGAGCUGGAUCCCAGCCUCUGCAGGAUCUGAGCUCUGCCCAGGGAGCAGCUGUGAGGAAAACCAGCCCCACUUGAAAGGGGAGGGUCUCUGCUGCACACACUUGUCUGCUGCUUGAACACCAGUUCUUCAGCCUCUUAGGCUGUCUCUCAGCCCUUUGGGUACAAAUCUUCUGGGUUGUUUUAGGUGAAGGAGUUAUAGGGUUUGUAGAUGGUCAAGGGCUAGUUGCUGUUAAAACUUAUAAGGCUUUUUGUUUCCUUUAAAAAGGAAACCAAACCCAAAGUAUUGUGUGUACAUGUGGAUGGGUGUUUGUGGGUACCAGUGUGGAAAAAAAAAAAAAAUCACAAUAUCAUGUCCUCCACUGUUGGUGUGAUGCUGUUUUAUUGUGAUGGUCUCUGAAGCCAUGGAGGUGGCAGACCCCAGCCCAGGGUCUCAGGCAACACAUUCUCCAUGAGCAGAAGUUGUCUCUGGUCCCAAGAAGGAAGCCAGGAGAAGGAAGGUUCGCUUGCACCCCUGGCCUUGGCAAGUCCUCUGUCUUCAAAGAGCAUUGACCAAGAGGCCCUCUUCAGGGAGCAUCAAGGGCAGCUGUGACCAAGGCAGAAGGACCAAAGUUUCCUUUCCUUUUCACCCAAUGAGACUCCUUGCAGGAACAUCCACUGCCGUGUCACCGAGAAGCUGGAGUCAACACAGGGACUGAAUUGGGCCCACAGGUCUGGGGCCUUCCUGAGAGCUGUGACGACAGCGAAAGCUUCUAAGUCAAUGAAGGGUUUUUGAAGUCAAAUGUAUUUGUGAGUAGAGGCUCCCCACGCCUGUGCUCCCGUUGUUCCUGUUCCUGCUGGAGCCAUGUGGGAUGUCCCACCAAACACUGGCUUCGGGCACAAGGCAUCUUCUGGGGUGGCAGUUCCACAGGUGGGUCUGGGUGUGUGGGGACUGUUGGAGUCUCUUGAGAAGGGAUUUUUCCUUGUGGAAACACGCAGCGUGAUGGUGCGAGGCUGAGGUCUCCAUUUCUGAAAGUAGCCAGUCUGAAGCUCAGCAAGGAGGGUGACAGUUUUCUGUCUUGCCAGAGACCAAGUUUGUCUGGGUGUGUUUAUGGCUUAGGGCAGGUGCCUCCUGCAGAGGCAGUCGGGGGACUUGAGUGCAAUGAAAGGAGUUGGAGAAGAGGAGGGAGCCUUGAGAGAAACACAACUUGGAUGCUUCUGCUCUUCUGUUCCUCAGUCCUCAACCUCUUUGGGGUAACCCCUUGGUGUACAGGAGAGGGAAAUAGCCAACCGCUGCAGCACAGCUCUGUCCCUCCAAUCCACCCCUUCCUUCUUGGGAGGAGAAAAAGAGGGGUAUGUUUUGGAAAGAUUAUGAUAAAGCCUUUUUGCACUUUCAUUCAUUUUGCACUCGUUUUUAUUUUUAUUUUUAUUUUUAUUUUUCAGUGUUUUUGAUAUUUGCACCUCCCCUUUUUGUGUUUUCAUAGCAAAAAUACUUUUGUUGUAGCCAGUGAAGCUAUCCCAAACUUUGUGUCCUGAGUAUACAGAAGUUUAAAGGUCUUAUAUAUAUAAAUUUAUAACUGUAUAAAAAUAAAUUUAUAUAUAUAGAUCACGAUGUGAUGUGUUUUGUCAGUGUUUUAAAAUAAUAAAUGAAUGUGAGCAAUGG